AUAUUCGAUCUAAUAACCAGCCAGCAAAAUAUAAGGAGUCUCCAAAAUCAUUGGUGCUCUGCCUACUAGGCAGAAAUUAAGUACAUUCAGACAAAAGAUUAUUUUUUAUGGCUGGCGUUUGGUUGUUUAUGUUUUAUAUUUCCAUUUUGUAGUUUCAAUUCUGGUCCGGCAUGCUCGAAAGAGGUACACCUUUAUUAGAUGCCAUAUGAAUUGACUACUGCCCUUUCCAGUUGAACAAAGAUUUGGCUUUCAGCAUCCAUUCUGAUAAUGAACUGAGCAUUGUCCAUUCUAACAAUGGAUAGUUUUAAAAGAAAACCCUUUACAUGAGAAGAGAAUCCUUUUAACAGAAAAUGCUUAACUUCAAAAGUGUACACUCACAUCAUUCAUCUAACAGUCCAUAUUGAAGAUUUGAUUUGGUGUUUUUACUAAAGCAUGAUGGUAAAUGUACGAUAAGUUGAAGACACACUUAUAUUUAUACGAGACGUCAAAAAAAUAUCGUCCAUUCUACAAAUAAAGAUCUUUUCAAGAGUGAAAGCUACAUGUAACCCUUGCAUUUCUGUUUGCUGUUCUGUUCUUCAGCAGUCCAGCUUCAAGUGUAACAGUUUUUAUGCAAAGGAUACUAGUUAUGGUGAAUAAUAAAUGGAAAAAUCAGUUUGUUUCAUAGCAGGCAUCACCGAGCAGCAUUAUCCCAUUCUUAAAAUGGAUAACUAUUUCGACUACAAGCCAAGGAAGACCUUCACCUGUGAGGAAUGCUCAAAAAGCUUUACGACAAAAGGCAGUUUGAAGAGACACAUGCUGCUGCAUGGCGGAGAAACGCCAUUCAAGUGCUUUGAGUGUUCUAAAUACUUCACGGAAAGUGCUGCCCUGGAGAGACACUUGAUGAUACACACCGGAGAGAAACCGUACAAGUGUGACAUCUGCCUGAAAGACUUCCGGCGGACUGCUCACCUGGACGAGCACAUGCUGGUCCACACCGGCAUCAAACUCUUCAAGUGUGAAGUGUGCUCUCAGGCAUUUGGCCGCAAGUGGACGCUCAAGCGACACAUAGAGCGAAACCACAGUGGAAAGAAGUCAUUCAAGUGCGAUGAGUGUCCGAAACGUUUCAAAGAUGGUGGAAGUCUGCGGCUUCAUGUCUUCCUGCACGCCUGGAAAAAUCGACAAAAACUCGAGGGUGAAGCUUCUAAUGAGUCCAGUGAAGAGGAGUUAGAUGAAGAAGAUGAGGAUGAACAAACUGAAGAUGAUGAUGAUGUGUUGAAGGAAAAACAAAGAGAAGAAGUAGCAGCAGAUGUGGACGGUGAUGGAGAAAGAGGGUUACGAAAAAAUGGAGUGAAAAAAGAGAGGCAAAUUGUGGAUAUCAAUAUUACAGGUAAAGAAACAGAAAUGGAAUGUGCAAAAAUCGGUUUGGAAGGUGCAAAAACAGAAAUGGAAUGUGCAAAAAGUGAAAUGAAAGUUACAAAAACAGAAAUGAAAUGUGACAAUAGUGAAAUGGAAUGUGCAGUAACAGAAAUUGAAGAAACGGACAAAGAUGAUUCUAAAGAGGAAUCCGAGAAUAUGGGAAAAUUGUUACAAAAACAAGUGAAAGAAACUGAAGGAAAAUCAGAAAGUGUAGUUGUGCAAAAAUUGUCACAGGAGACUGAGAAAGCAACAGAGUACACCGAACAAGAACAAGUGGUAGCUAAAACAGUAACGAGAGCCCCAGGACGAGAGUCAAGACAUGUAGUUGUGAAAAAAGACCUCGUGAUUUCAAAACGUUUUGAUGGAGACCAUCAGGUCACAGUAUCAUAGUAGUCAUUGGGAGACAUUUGAAUGAUGGAAUUGUGUAGUGAGUGUGUGAGGCUCAUGCUUGUAGUGACUGAAGUUUUGACUCUUCUUGCGCUCACGCUCUGGUUAUGUUGAACUUACAGAGGUUCUCUUGUGGUCAUACUCCGGUUCUUUGUUGUUCACUUCUGGUUCUCUUGUGCUCAUGCAUACCCUGUAGUCCAGUUGCGCUCACACUGUGGUCCUGUAGUGCUCAAACUCAUUCUGUUGCGAUCAUGCUCAAACUCUGAUUGUGUUGCCCCCACACUCUGAUCCUGUUGCGCUCACACUCUGGUCCUGUUGCGCUCACACUCUGGUCCUCUUGCGGGAUGUAGCCCAUAGGUAAAGUGCUCUCCUGAUAUGCUGUUGGCUUAGAAUCGAUCCCUAUCGGUGGAUUAUUUCUUGUUCCAGCCAGUGCACCACAAUUGGUAUAUCAAAGGCCGUAGUAUGUGCUAUCCUCUGGGAUGGUGUAUAUAAAAGAUCCCUUGCUACUAAUGGAAAAA